UCAGCUCUAGUGUCAAACGCAUGUCAAACUGCUAAAUAUUUUCAUUUCCAUUACGUAAAGCUGUCAAAAUUCGAAGCAAAAUAUUAGUCGCAUUUUAAUAAUAAGAUGUUACGUACAGCAAUAACUUCGUGUAAAGACACCGUUAGUGUCCCAAAUUUAGCAAAAAUUGUGACUGGAAGCUUCGGACCGCCGGUGCGGAAUCAGUCAACACAAGCAGAAGUAGCUCCGGCCAAUCGACCUUAUUCUCCCUUUCAAAAAACAAGUAACUUAGCAGAAUACUCAUUAGCUCGUCUAGAUGACCUGCUCAAUUGGGGCCGUAAGGGCUCUAUGUGGCCGCUCACCUUCGGUCUUGCUUGUUGUGCGGUGGAAAUGAUGCACAUUGCUGCACCUAGAUAUGACAUGGACAGAUUUGGAGUUGUAUUCAGAGCGUCACCAAGACAGGCAGAUGUGAUCAUUAUUGCAGGUACUCUCACGAAUAAGAUGGCACCAGCGCUUAGAAAAGUUUACGAUCAAAUGCCUGAGCCUAGAUGGGUUAUUUCUAUGGGAAGUUGUGCGAAUGGUGGUGGUUACUACCAUUAUUCUUAUUCAGUUGUCAGGGGUUGCGAUAGAAUUAUUCCUGUCGAUAUUUAUGUGCCAGGGUGUCCUCCCACUGCUGAGGCGUUACUCUAUGGUGUUUUGCAGCUGCAGAAGAAAGUGAAGAGACACAAUGCUUUGCAGAUGUGGUACAGGAAGUAAUUUAGUAGGAUUAUUAAAAGUAUGUUAAGAGUAAAACACGUUGUAAAUAUAAGUAACAAAGCGAGUUACUGUAAUUUAAAACGACAAAAAUACAAAGAAAAAGAAAACGUUAAA